CUGGGAUUCGCGAAGCCAGCGAGCAAACCCCACACUGAAACUCCCGGCUAGUUUCUUCCACAGAAAAGGGAAAGCCGACAGACUUGCUUCUUGGGUUGCUCUGUGCUGAAUUUCGGGGCGGAUGGCGGCAAGAUAGAAAAAGAAAAUAAUGAAACUUGGGGCUUUAGUUUGCUUUCUCCGCGCAUCAAGUGCAGGGCUAUUUUGAGCAACCUCUGACGCUCUUGAAACUCUACGGAGUAGGAGUAACUACGGAGUAGCGAUGAUAGAACGGAGGUUCUGACCACCUCUGCGAGGUUUAUCAUUGGUGAAAAUCUUCCAUCCAGCCCUAUUUGCUAGCUCCAGCGUCAGCAUUAGCGAACAAGAGAUGUAACUUAACCUCAAAAAGGUUUGAAGCAUCGAGGAGGAAGAUGGAAGGAAAAGUAUACACUAACUACCAUAACUACGAAGUAUCCUUCUUAGUCACGCCGUUAUGUGACGUCGGUCUGUGGAAAAACCAACCAAGCAACGCCGCCACGGCGCCGGCCAAGAACGCGGAGCGUCCCAUCGUCCCGCACUAUCCCGACAAAACUCAGCACGGGCCCGAUUUGCGCCAACCUCAACCUCUACUCGCCGCCAGGGCUUCAACCUCCACCCAGUAGUCAGUGUUCUUCUGUUCGCUCCUUUUUGCGCGCUCUGCUUCUUUGCUUUUUGGACCUCCUCCCCCAGAUUCCAUUCUCCUGUUUUCUCCUGUGGUCUCCCUGUUUCCAAGUCCCUCGUUGGCCUGCUGCGAAAAUUGAUCCCACCAACUAGGUCCGCGCUCUCAGUUCCCGCCGCAGCCACCUGCGGCUCCCCACCCGCAAUUUUUGACCACCUUCCCAGGGCCAUCGGGCUGUCAUCUGCCCUGUCUGAGGUUGUGUGUUGUAUCUGUCUCUUGUCUCUCUGUAUCCUCUUCUCGAUACCGUUUGUGGUUUCUUGAGCAGCCCGAGAUAUAUCAAUCAUGGCAAUGGAUAGAGACACGUCGCUGCCCGCUUGGCCCCAAACCAUGCCUGAGGACCUUCUUGUUCCUGUAUCUGGAGAAGAGGAAUUUUCAAAGUAUCUGGAUUUCAACUUCAACUUCGCGGACUUGGACGAUGUCGUAAACCAGCAGCACAAUGCCAUUCACGCUUUGGCCCCGGAUAUUUCAACAUCAAUGCAGGACGUUCAACCCCCUGGAAUGGCCCAUCACCAGCAGAUGCAGAAUACUUCUGAAGCCCCGGACUAUCAACCUGAGCUUCACCAACUGCACCACCAAAUGGGCAUUCAAGGCAGCAUAAAUACGACAGACGCGAACGCAGCACCACAAUUCUACGCCCAGAAACAGCAAGCUUUCCUCCCGCAACAGAGCUAUGGGCAGAGACCAUAUAUUCCGCCUACCCCCAACAGUGCCGAGAUGCAUGCCGGAAUUCCUCAUGGGCUUUCCAGGUUGGACACUGAUAGUCAUCGACACUACGAGUACUAUGCAAGACCCAAUGAUGACCAUAGCGCGUUUACCCCUUCGCUUUCCCCCGCGAUGACCCCUUUAGAACAGCAGUUCUGUAUGCCAGAAUAUACUGUUCCUGGUGAAUACUUUACUCCCCUCACGUCACCAGCUCUGGAAGCGCGAAAUGCGAACGGCAAUGGGUAUAUGUUCAAUGGCACCACAUCACAUACUCCAGAUAUGAGUUUUAUAUCUUCGCCGGUAGAAAUGAGCAAUCAACUUCCAAGCGCCUCUGCUCCAUCGUCUCCGGGGCUCGCACGCAAACAGCGACGAAAACUGUCCUUUUCGACUCGGGCCGGUCCACGACUAGUUCGUCAAUCUCCGUUAGUUCGUCCCCUUAGUCGUCGAAAACCUAGCUUAUCCGGCCCGUCGGAUGAUGCUACCUUUUUUGCGAACCAUGAUAAGAACUCAAGUCGACUAUCAGUAAACCAGGUCGAUGGGUAUCGCCAUCCAGGAAGCACAGAAAGCUCAGGACAAGAUUCUGUUUCCCCAGAACCCUUGUCAGAACCAUUGAUGCCUCCGCCUGCGCUCCCACGAUCCGCAAGGUCUCCAUGCAUUGGAACCCAAGAGUCAAGAUCUGAAGCAAUUGCCCGUGAAGCCGCAACGCCUGCUACUUUGAUGAAACUGCAGCGACGAUCCCAGCCUGCGCAAAGUUCAGAGCAUCAAUUCUCAAGAAGCGGAGACAUCGUUAUCAACGAAUAUCCUGACGAGGCGAUGGAAGAUAUAUCGUUGCCUGAAGCCGCUUCCUCAAAUUCUGAACUUGCUACCGCGUCAUCUGGAACAAUCGUGACGAACAGUGAAGCAACUCCAACGAUCGCGGCUGAACAGACGCCCAAGUUGAACCCAGCCAAAAAUGGGUCUUCAGAACGUCCAUCAAUCGCCUCUGUUACACCAAGCCCCCAAAUCGCUGCUACGGCAUCUCCAACUGGGCCGAUUGGCACCAAGCGGGCGGAUUCAAAACCGAAUAGCAGAGUGUCCAAGAAACGACAAAGCGUUAGCUCCUCGCAAGUUAGUCCGGCAUUGCGGCCGAAAAUUAGCCCUAGCAUUCAACCCUUAAUUCGCGGUGAUGUAGGUAUCAACGCGGAAAAGUCAGCUCUUUACCUCGCCUCGAAAUCCAAUUACCAACACAUCAUUGAGGGUACUCUUCUACCAGGCGUCUCGUAUCCAAAUGCGCUGGCGGAAAACCUAAGCUCCAAACGGACGAAUCACAAACUAGCCGAACAGGGUCGUCGAAAUCGCAUCAAUACCGCACUCAAGGAGAUCGAAGGCUUACUGCCACCGUCACUAAUACGAGAGCGUGAAAAAGUAGACAGAGCCGGCGGUGCCGGCGGUGAUGGUGGCGAUGGCGCAACGAACAGCAACACCACCAGCAAAUCAUCCUCUGAUAAGCCAAGUUCAACACAAACGAUCAGCAAGGCAAGCACUGUUGAGAUGGCAAUUGUCUACAUCAAAUCGUUACAACGGGAGCUCUCGGAGACCAAGGAGAAGCUGAAAGUUGCUGAAUCGAAGCUUGCUGAAAAUGCGGAUGGCGGUGGUAAAAGUCCGCAAGACACAGAAAAGAAAGACGAUAAAAGCAUAGCAGAAGGUGAUCCGAAAGCUGCUGCUGCCACUUGAACUCUGACUUGCUCAGAUUAACCUUGUAUCGAAUUACUUUCCUCCUGGCGGCUCUUAUCGAUCUACUUUUCUCGUGUUUCCUCAAUUCCCCCUAUUUCAAAAACCGAAUAAAUAUAUCUUCUCCAUAUCUCUAUUUUAUCUUCAGCUCUUUCUUUCUUGUCCAUUUUUAUUUCCUACUUUUAUCUUCUCAACUUCUAUUUUACGGGCUACGGGUUACGUGGAUUUUUUAUUCGAUCAAAACAAGACACUGGUACUAUUGGUGGGACCAUACCUUGGUUAUGAUCUAUUAUUAUAAGGCUGAUUCCUAUCAUCACCGCCCCUGACCUCACAAACCCAAUUUUCAAUAUACGCGUCGUCGAGAACACCAAAAAGCACCGCUCACAUUUAUUUUUGUUUUUAGAGGUGGUAUUCUUUUACUUUUUUACUUUUUUAUUAUUUUUAUUAUGUUCAUACUUAAUGACGUGAAUAUAAUAUAUAUAUAUAUACUGGGCGGCUAUAGGC